AUGAAAAAAUUUAAAUUUGAAGACAUUCCGGAUUUAACUGGCAAAGUUGUGGUGGUAACUGGUGGCAACACGGGUAUUGGGUAUGUCACAUGUAGAGAGCUAGCAAGGAAAAAUGCGCAUGUAUUUGUUCUAAGUCGUAGUAUCGAAAGAGGCACAGCAGCUGUUGAAAAGAUUAAACAAGAAACAGGAAAUCAAAACAUAGAAUUUUUACAAUUAGAUCUACAAAGUUUAAAAUCUGUUAAAGAAUGUGCUCAAUCUUUUUUGGCUCGAAAGCUACCUUUACAUAUUUUGAUCAAUAAUGCUGGUAUAAUGGCAACUAAGUUUUCUUUAACUGUUGAUGGAAUUCAAGAUCAAUUUGGAACCAAUCAUGUUGGGCAUUUUUAUCUUACAAAAUUACUUUUACCAACAAUUGAAGCAUCAGCUCCAUCAAGAAUAGUUAAUGUUAGCAGUUUGGCCUAUAAAUUUGCACCAGAGAGUGGAAUAGAAUUUGAUAAAAUAAAUGAUCCAGAUGCUCAAGCAUCAAUGAGACGUUAUGGUGUAUCAAAACUUUCAAAUAUUUUAUUUACAGUUGAAUUAAAUAAAAGACUUGAAGGAAAACAAGUUUAUGUCAAUACUUUACAUCCAGGUGCCAUAAAAACUGAAUUGACAAGAGGUCUUGUAGAUAAUUGGGGUAUAUGGUUAGUUCCAUUUAUUAAACUUGCAGGUCUCGUACAACUUACAGCUGAUGAUGGAGCAUUAACCUCGUUAUAUUGUGCAACAAGUCCUGAAAUUGAAGAGAAGAAAUUUCGUGGAAAAUAUUUCAUUCCAUUUUGUGUAGAAUCUACCGUUACACUAAAAGAUUAUGCCAAAGAUGAAGAACUGGCAAAAAAAUUAUGGGAAUUUACUGAUGAUCUAGUGAAUGAAAAAUUAAAAGACAUAAAAUAG